CCCGCCCACCUCUACGCGGAUGUGCAGUGGAAUAGCGAGGUUUACGUUCACACUGAGUAUGGAGCUUUAGAAAUGUUCCAGUAGUUCUGCUUUUCUGUUAGUAAAGUGUAUGACGUGCAUAAAGAAUGCGGGAAUCAGACAUCGUAUCUGGGUCGACUGUAUUCACCGAAACAGACAUAGGAGGCGAGAUAUGCAGCCUGACGGAGCAGGAUGGGAGUCUGGAGGCAGGUUUGAUUCUGUCUGAGUCCUGUCUGCACUCCGUGUACACAAGUACAGAGGACUGGGUCAUUCAGCACCCACGUACCCUGAAUGACAGUGAGCCCGAGGACACCCUGCAAGCGAUAAACCCGAACGAUGUCUACGUAUCAGGGCCUCUGCACCAGCGUAUGUCUGAAAGCGACGACAGCAUGUCAGACGAUAAUUACACAGAUGGCCCAACACUACUGCUUGACUCUGCCCACAGUCAGACCACUCCCACUGUCUACCAAGUGGUAUAUGACAUAAGUGGUCUGGGGGACAGCUCACGAGAGCAGCAGAAGGUGGAUGUAAUUUCCAUAGAGCUUGAUGAAUGGAGCUCACAGGUGCUGAUGUCGGAGUCAUGUGUUGUGAGUGAUCUGCCCUUCAUCUCGGGUGUAAAAGUGGAAAACACUCCUCCAAAAAACUACCAGAACACUCUCAGCUCACACCCAGCUCACACCCAGAUCACACCCAGCUCACACGCAGCUAGCCUGCUUUUCCCAGAGCUGCAGCUGACGGAGGAAGAGCAGAAACUUCUGGACCAGGAAGGCGUGUCACUCCCCAGCAGCCUUCCCCUGACCAAGGCUGAGGAGAGAGUCCUGAAGAAAGUGCGACGUAAAAUCCGCAACAAGCAGUCGGCCCAAGACAGCCGGCGGAGAAAGAAAGAGUACAUAGAUGGUCUGGAGAGCAGGGUUGCAGCAUGCUCAGCUCAGAACAAGGAGCUACAAAGAACAGUAGAUCAACUGGAGAAGCACAACACGUCUCUCCUCGCACAGCUGAGGAAGCUGCAGGCUCUAGUGAAGCAGACGGCCACUAAAGCUGCCCAGACGAGCACAUGUAUCAUGAUAUUGCUCUUCUCUUUGGCCCUGAUCAUCUUCCCAAGUUACUGCCCCUUCAGGUGGGGUUCUCAGACAUCAGAUGACAAUUACACACCUACAGGAGUAAUCUCCAGAAACAUCCUGAACGAUGCAGCCUCACCGUUGCUCCUCUCUGAUCCUGUGGAUGAUAAACCACUCCCCGAGCUUCCGGUCUCCUCCACGGACAACCAGCAGCCAGACGCCGGCGACAUGGCCAGACUGCUGCUGCAGCCCCUGGGCGGAGCAGAGGGGGAAAGGCUCCAGGACCUGAACGACAGCCUCCAGAGAAAUGCCUCUGCCCUGUCAGACCGUCAGAUUGAUGCAUUACCCGUAGGAUUAACGUCUGCUUCUGCAGGAGUUGGAUUAGACCCAGCCAAACCUGCACAUGCAGAUGAAAUGUAGCCACCUCCUUUCCUUACGGUGCUACACUGAGCUUUCCAGAUGCCAUUUUUGCUCAUAACUUACAGCUAUUCUAAUAUGUUUUGCAUAUCAUAAUAUGGUUGUGGAAAUGCUGCCAUAGUCUUUACAUAGUUUACAUUUCCUGAGAUUUUCUGUUGAGGAGAACUACCAGAAAGGGAAUCCUGAAGACAUGUGUAUGUGCUGUAGUGCUUUCAGGAUGUGCUGUGGGUUUUAUUGGAGAAACCUCUUCAUUCCAUUUUUCCCAUUCUGUAGGAAUGUUUUAACUGUCACUGGGCCUGUUUCAUGGGUGUUUUGUUUGAGUAUAGCAGCAGUUUGAUGCUUUAUUAAAGUGAAUCAGUGUGUUUAUACAUUA